AUGUUCACGAUGGCCCCAACAACAACUCGCAAGCCUCAAGUGCCCACUGUAGCCGAGACCAUCAAACAUCCAGCUUUUCCCACGGCGAUAUGGAAUCUCGAGCCCGAUCAGAGUGGCCUCACCCCGGUCGCCGUCGGCCGCGGUGGGCCUUUCAACGUGAGCUGGGAGAUCCACGGUGAAGGGCCCAUCAAGGUGUUGUUCAUCAUGGGUCUCGGAGGUCUGAAAUCCGCCUGGCAGCGUCAAACCCUCUACUUCGGCCACCAAAACCGUGACAAGUACUCGGUCCUCCUCCUCGACAACCGCGGCAUCGGCGACUCGGACAAGCCUCUUAUGCGCUACAGCAGCAGCGAAAUGGCCCGCGACUGGAUCGACAUUCUCGUGCACAUCGGCUGGCUUCCCGCUCCUCCAUCUUCCCCCUCUUCAUCUUCCUCCUCAGUCACAUCCCAUUCUCCCCCACUGCCCAUCCCCACAGAACGCACCCUCCACGUAGUCGGCCUCUCGCUAGGCGGCAUGAUCGCCCAAGAACUGGCCUGCCUCAUCCCCACCGCUAUUUCUUCCUUAAACCUCUGCUGCACAGCCGCCGCCAUCGAAAACACCGACCUCAGCUUCGCCGAAAACGUCGCCAACAGGAUUAGGAUGCUCAUGCCUAAGCCCGUCGACCAGUCCAUCGCCGACACGGCGCGUCAGUUGUUUGCGCACUCCUGGCUCGAACAGCCAGACGAUUGCGAAGUGCCUGACCCGAGUACCACGUCCAAAUGCGGCCCGCCAAACCCCUUAUCGCCCAAAAUUCCUCGCCCGGCUCCUGACCAAAAGUACGGGAAAUUCGAGAAUAACGCUAUGCGCUUCGUAGCGCAGGAAAUGCACAAGCGUCUUGACCCUGCCAGGUUUGGGUUGAAGGGAUUUUUGCUGCAAUUGAUUGCUGCGGGUUGGCAUUAUAAGAGUGCUGAGCAAUUGAAGAAAAUGGCGGAUGAGGUCGGGAGGGAAAGGAUUUUGGUGAUGCAUGGUACCGAGGAUGGCAUGAUUAGUGUGUCACAUGGGAGAAAGCUGAUUGAGGUUAUUCAGCCGGAGGUUGGGCUGAUUGAGGAGGGGAUGGGACAUGCGCCUGUGGUGGAAAGGACGGGGUGGUAUCAUGAUGUUUUGGAGGAGAGGGUUAGGAGGGGGGAGGGACUUGAUGGGAGGGCGUAA